GUAAACGAGUCUAGGCGAGAGAAAUUUGGGUAAACGAGUCUAGGCAAGGAAUCCGUUAGGUGAAACCUCAAUUGCCAGCCCAGCCGACCACGGGAGUCCCGUGAGAGGGACAAAAGGCAAAGAGGGACAGAAGGCAAAUUUUAGGGAAAAAAAAUUGUGAAAUAAAAGAACCCUCUUAUCUUUCUCUCUCUCUCUUUCACUCUCAUUGCUGUAGUCUAUUCUCUAGUAUUCACAUUUUCUUUUGGGGACCCCUUAACCCAGCAUUUCAUUACCAGCAACCCAAAAAAAAAAGAAAAAAAAAACUGUAUGGAUGACCGUUAAAGCACGUUGGGGGUAUUCUUCGGAUUUCUCUGUAACUCCAUCUAAAUCUGAUGUUGUUUUUAUUAUCUUCACCAUCACCACCAUUGCCUAGAUUCUUUGUCAUGGUCUUAUCAACUUGGACUUGGUUCUUUCUUAAUGAAAAUUAAGUACCCAUUGGCAUUUAGCUGUUUUAAUUCUCAAAUUCAUCCUCUAUCAGAUCUGGGUCUUUCGAAAGAUAUUUAUUGCAGGGAAAAGUAUCUUCUUUUUGUGCAGUUGGUUUGAUUCGACCUCUAAUGUGGAAUACAUGAAAGCCUAAGCUGUCAAAUUUGGUUCAAUUAUGUGAAAAAAUCCACCAAUGUUGUCUAAUUCGGACAGUGUUUGAUGGAUGCAUGCGAAUCACAGAGGCACACGGCUGUGGAUAAACCAAGAACUCCCUUGGUUCCAGCUGAAGGGAACGGCAAUGCAGCAGCCGCAGCCCGCCGCCCUCGAACGAGGGAAGUUAGUUCUAGGUACAAAUCACCAACACCUUCUGUCUCUAGGCGUUGUGCAUCACCAAGCCUAUCGAGAACACUGCCUACAACUCCCCAAGUGGUGCCCAAAAGAGCGAAAUCAGCCGAGAGGAGGCGCCCUUCAACUCCAACUUCACCCUCGAGUCCCUUUACUCCAGUUCAUGAUUCAUUUGUUGAUAUGCAGCUGCCGUCUAGAAGACUAAGUACGGGCAGCCGGUUGCCAGAGAGUUUAUGGCCUUCUACAAUGAGAAGUCUUAGUGUUUCCUUUCAAUCCGAUUCUAUUUCCAUUCCUAUCAGCAAGAAGGAAAAAACAGUCAGUAACAGCUCCUCUGAUCGCACCUUGCGGCCAUCUUCAAAUGUGGCUCAUAAACAGGUUGAAACACCUGCUGGAUUACGGAAGCCUACGCCCGAAAGAAAGAGGAGUCCUCUUAAAGGGAAGAAUAUAGAGGAUCAAUCAGAGAAUGCUAAACCGAUAGAUGGCUUACAUACUAGAUUGAUUGAUCAGCAUCGAUGGCCUAGUAGGUUAGGUGGCAAGUUAUCUUCUAAUUCAUUGAAUAAAAGUGUAGAUCUCAAUGAUAAGAGCGUGAAAGAUUUAUCCAUACCAGUUGGAAUUGGUUUAUCUUCACUCAGGAGAAUGUCUCUGCCUGGUGGUAGCAUCAAACAUCUAGAAAAAUCAGCUAGUGAUGCUGCAAAAUUAUCAUGUCUAGAAGAUAUUGGCAGGAUUGUGUCUGUGGCAAAUCCUGCAGAUGAUAGUCCACUGCAGGCGUCCGGAGCUCAUAAGCUUGUUGCAACAAAUUUAUCAGAUAGAAUGUCUUUGAUAAUUCCUCCAGUUAGAUUAAAGCCCUUGCGUACCCAUGGAUCAUGCCCUCCAUCACCAAGUGGGACCUCCGUUAGUAGAGGUGCCAGUCCGUCUCGUGCUAGGCCAUCCACUCCUCCUUCUAGAGGGUUCAGCCCGUCUCGGACAAGGCCAUCAAGUGUCUCUGGUCAAUCCAAUAGUUCUAGCUCAGUGCUUAGCUUUAUAGUGGAUUUUAAGAAAGGGAAAAAAGGUGCAAGCUAUGUUGAAGAUGCUCAUCAGAUACGGCAGUUAUACAAUAGGUAUUUGCAGUGGCGAUUUGCUAAUGCCAGGGCAGAGACUGUUCUUUAUAUUCAGAAAGUAAAUUCAGAGAAAACUCUGUGCAAUGUUUGGACCAGUACUUUAGAGCUGUGGGAUUCAGUAAUCAGGAAGAGGAUCAAUCUCCAACAGCUGAAGCUAGAGCUUAAGCUGAUUGCUGUUUUGAAUGAUCAAAUGGCACACCUAGAUGAUUGGGCUUUACUUGAAAGAGAGCAUUUAAAUUCGUUAUCUGGGGCUUUGGAAGAUUUGGAGGCAACCACUCUUCGUAUUCCAGUGACUGGAGGGGCACAGGCAGAUAUAGACUUCUUGAAGGUUGCUAUUUGCUCAGCUGUGGAUGUGAUGCAGGCAAUGGGAUCCUCCAUCUGUUCUUUACUCUCAAGGGUGGAGGAGAUGAAUAAAUUAGUUUAUGAGCUUGCUGUUGUAGCAGCAGAAGAGAAAGCUAUGCUUGAUGAAUGUGAAGCUCUAUUGGCUUCAACAGCAGCUUUGCAGGUAGAGGAGUACAGCAUUAGAACACAUCUCGUACAGGUGAAACACGCCCUUGAGAGUCGACGGAUCUUGGCGACGAUAACCCCUACAUGGCCUUAUCAACUUCUAAGCUAACUUUUACCAGUUACCACUCGAGCAGAGAUAAAUCAGUCUUCUAUGAGCUAAAUGUAAACUUCUUUUUUUUUUUUAACUUUUUUUUCCCUCUUUGGUGGGAAGUUCCAUCUGGGUUCAUUCUUUUCUUUUUCUUUCUUUUUUUCAAUAGUGAGCUGUUGGCUCCACGGCUUCCACUUGUAAUUUUUGUCUCUCUCAAAAGAAAAGAAAAAUGAAAAGGUAAUAAAGGAUUGAAAAUUAUAUUUAAGAA